AUGUCUUCCCAAAACGACAUUGCCAAAAACUUCCGCGCCCUUCACAAACCCCAGGAUCCCAUCCUCCUCACGAAUGCCUAUGACGCCAGCACCGCCUCAGUCAUCGCCUCACUUCCCACAACCCGCGCGGUUGCCACAGCCUCCUUUGCCAUCGCAGCCUGUCUUGGUGUCGACGACAAUGAUCUCACCAAAUCCCAGAACCUAGCCGCCCUGCAGACCAUCAUAUCCGCCGUCCGCCGUAUUAACCCUGCCCUACCUGUCACAGUCGAUUUGCAAGAUGGAUACGGCAAGGACCUCCCUAGCUUGGCGGAAACUGUCAAGGAAGCUAUCGCCCUUGGCGCGGUUGGCUGCAAUAUGGAGGAUAUGAAUAAUGCGGCCGGUACGUUGCGGCCGCUGGAAGAAGCUGCUGCGCGGGUGAAGACUGUGGUCGAAGCAGCGAAGGAGGCCGGGGUCCCUGAUUUUGUGCUGAAUGCACGAACAGAUGUGUUGGGCCAGGACGGGACGACGAUAGAUGAUGCUAUUGUGCGGGGGAGGGCGUUUUUGGAGGCCGGGGCUUGUACGGUCUAUAUUUGGGGUGGGCCUAAGGGGCGGGGUGUGUCAAAGGACGAGGUGGAGGUUGUGGUGAAGGAGUUGAAGGGGAUGGUGAAUGUGAAGAUGAAUUUGAGAGAGGGGUUCCUAGGGAUGCAGGAAAUUCGGCAGUUGGGAGUUGCGAGGGUUAGUCUUGGGCCAGAGUUGUGGAAGUGUGCAAUGAAGGCAGUUAAGGAGCAGGCGGAGCUGUUGUUGACAUGA